AUAUCUGAAUUUUAUUUUCAGAUAAUGAAGAUAUUUACUUUAUUGUAUCUUUUUGUUGUGUAUGUUUCGUCUCAAAACUUGAACAAAUGUCAGAAUGUAAAGAAUUUCGAUCAAAAAGAUGAAUACUCAGAGAAUCGUCUAACUAGUAUAACAUUUGGUAAUUAUACCAUUCAAGCUCUUACUACGUUCACUACUGGGGAACAAGGUUGUAAAAUAGUUAGUCGUGAUGGUUUGGUACGAACUUAUGCAAUUAAAUAUGCAAUUGAUCUUGCUAACAAUAAUACUAAACUUAAAAAAUGGGCAAAGAUUGGAAUGCGAUUGGAUGAUGAUUGUGCAAGUUUACCUAUAACAAUGGCAAGAGGUAUUGAGAUUGUAUCACUGAUAAGAGAAAAUUCUGUUUGUCGUGCAGAAUUUUUACAAUGCUCCAAUUCAACUUCGAAUGAUUCUUCAUAUGUGCAUCCAGCUGCUGGUAUUAUUGGAACAUCCAUGAGUUUUACUACAAUUCCUUUGGCAAGUUUAAUGUCUCUUUAUUUAAUUCCUCAAAUAAGUUUUUCUGCUUCAAGUCGUUUGCUUAGCAAAGUUGAAUUGUACAAAUCUUUUUUUCGGACAAUACCUUCAGAUGUUAACCAAAUUUCAGUAAUGCUUGAUGUUAUUGAAGCUUUUAAUUGGAAUUAUAUUUUUGCAAUUGGUUCUGAUGAUGACUAUGGAAAACUAGGCAUUUCUGAGCUUGAAUCUCGUGCUCGCAAUAGAAGUAUAUGCAUAACUGAAACUCAUUAUGUAGCUUAUAAAUCUCAAUCAACAUUAUCUCGUAUUUCGUCUAUUGUAAAAAACAUGAUUGCUAAUUCAAAGGCACUAGUUGUAGUUCUUUUUUGUUAUGUAGAAAAUCUGGGAGAUCUGAUUUUAGAAGAAGCAAAGAGAAAUGGUGUAAAACGAAUUUGGUUGACAAGUGAUGCUUGGAAUCCUCCAGCAUCAGAUUUAAAUGUAACUUUAAAAGACCAAGCUCAUGGUAUUUUAUCAGUUUCUUUAAAGAGUCAUAAACUUCCUAAGUUUGUUAAGUAUAUGACAAAAGAAAUUCAGACUGAUUUUUUAUGUAACAUGUGGUUACAGAAUUUUCUCAAAAAUACAUAUAAAUGUGAACCAUUUGAUAUUUCUUCUGAUAAAUUGACUCUUAUAGGCAAUAAUUGCACAGUUAAGAUAAAUGAUCUCAUAAAAGAAUUAUCUAACCUUCCUGGAAAAACUAGCAAUUUAAUUGAUGCUGUUACUGUUCUGACACGUGCUAUUCAAUCUUAUUUAGAAAUAAACUGCAAUUCAGAUAUCAGCUGCUCAAUUGCUACACUUGACUAUGCUAGUUUAACCAAUAUAGUAAAAAAUGUAACCUUCAAUAAUAGUCUACAUGAAUUAAUUAAGUUUGACAUAAAUGGGGAUCCUGAGUUUAUUUUUUAUACAAUUGAAAACCUUCAGUUCAUCAAUAACUCUUUUCGAUAUAUUCCUGUUGGAAAUUGGAGUAAAACUCGUUUAAAAAGUUUGCUUAUUGAUAAAAAAUCAAUAAAAUGGCCAUCUUGGUUUAAUUUUGAACAGAAUACCUCUCGAUGCAGCGAAGACUGUAAAAAAGGACAGUAUGUUACUGCAAAAAUUGGAUGUUGCUGGAAAUGUGAAAAUUGCACAGAUAAUAACUAUAGCGACACUAUAAUGGCAGAGACAUGUAAAACAUGUGAGGUUGGGAAUCAUACAGAAGAUCAUAUUGUUUGUAAAGUAACACCUAUUAAAUGGUUAAAAUAUUCAGACACAGAAGGGAUAGCAAUUAUUGUAGUAAGUGGUGUAGGGUUGCUUUUGAAUGUGCUUGCAUUUAUACUUCUUUUAAAAUUGCGUUCUUUUCUCUCUUCUGAUGGAUCUCUUCCAUGUAUUGUGCUUUCAUGUAUAUUGCCUUUUUUUACUUUUGUAUUUGGAUUUCUUUAUAUUGUAAAGCCAACAGUUUAUUUGUGUCAUUCACGUAAUGUCAUUUUUUUCUUGUUACUAAUGGCUUACUCUUCUGUUUUAAUGAUUAAAACAAAAAUAGCACGAAAUUAUUUGGAGAGUCGCCUUGAGUAUAUUGUCAAAGGACAUUUGUUUGCUAAGCAAACUAUAUUAAUGAUAAUAUUAAUGUUGAUUGAAAUAGGAUCAAUUAUUGCAUGGAUUAUCGCUGAUUCUAAAAAUGAUAUUGUGCAAUCGGAGCAAGUUAACUUUGAAAUUCAAAAGCGAUGUUUUGUUGAUUUUACAGCUGCCAGAUUAGUUUCAACAUUUAUUCCAUUUAUUUUGUUGAUUAUUGCUACAUGUUGUGCAUUUCAAGAACGUAAUAAUGAACAUCCUUUUUAUGAACCAAAAUUUUUAAGUUUUACAACCAUAGCAUUGUGUAUCAUUACAGUUGCGUUUUUACCUACAUUCAAAUAUGUAAAGGGUAACUUCAAAGGAAUAGUAAUGGUGUUUACAACCUGUGUUUUUGGAUUUACAUAUAUGGCAUGCUUAAUUUUGCCAAAAAUUUAUGUAGUGCAUGCAAGGCAAAAUCGUAAAGAUUCUUUUUCUGACCCAUAUAUUAAACCAAGUAAAGUUUCAAAGCCUGAAAAAGAACAAGAGGAAAAUGGUUCUACAGAAACUACAUCAUCUGAUAUUAAAAUUAAAAAUAAAAAACUUACUUCAUCAUUGAAGUCUUCAAUUAAAACAUGAACAAUAUUGAAGUAUUAUUAUCAGAAAUGUUUAUUCACUAAUUCAUGAAAAAAGUUUUUACAUUAAUCUUUUUACUUAUGUUUAAAAAAAGAAUAAAUU